UGCCCACAAGCCUUUGCAACUUCCUUUCCGACAUUUCUCGGGCAGUAUGGCGCCAAACAAGAAAGGAGGUGAAAAAAAGAAGGGGCGUUCUGCCAUCAACGAGGUUGUGACCAGGGAGUACACGGUCAACAUCCACAAGCGCAUACAUGGCGUCUCCUUUAAGAGGAGGGCACCUCGUGCUCUCAAGGAGAUACGAAAGUUCGCCAUGAAGGAGAUGGGAACCCCUGACGUGCGUAUCGAUACUCGCCUGAACAAGGCUGUGUGGACCAAGGGGGUGAGGAAUGUCCCAUACCGUAUGCGUGUGCGCCUGUCAAGGAAGCGCAAUGAAGAUGAGGACUCUCCCAAUAAACUGUAUACCCUCGUCACAUACGUCCCUGUCACGACAUACAAAGGUCUGCAGACAGUCAAUGUGGAUGAGAACUAAUUAUUCAUUGGUGUGGAAAUACAUUUAUAAGACUGCAGUGUUGGAUUACAUACAAGUUUAUAUAAUCACUAAUUGGGAUUCUUGAUGGAGCAAUUUUAUGCUUACAUAGUUUCAAGUUUUAUUAGUUGUAUGUAUGGGAUACACAUGGUAUACACCACGUCCAAUGAAAUGCUUACAUGAAAAUAAAUUAUUUCUAGAGAGUC